AAAUUGAGAGAUAAAUAACGUCAAUCGAUUGCCUAUGGCUUUGUGUUUUAUUAACAACACACAGUUGACUCUUUGGAAGAAUUGAGGGUAGUACGUUUCGUUAUAUUAGUUUCAAAAAGUAUUAAUUUAGAAAAUAUCACUUUCACCGUGAAUAUUAACAAUUUAUCUCAUUCAAACGAAUGAUAUUAGGUUUGGGUGUAUUGUUCUUGUGUUUAUAGUUCGAGGCUGAGAGUGGAUUUUAACCGUAUUGGAAAUCUAUUCAGAAGAGAUGUUUUUACUUUUGAAAUUGUCAACCCUGAUUGUUCUAAUCAGCUUUGAGUUGGAUUUGCAAGUCGACGGGGCUCCAGUCGAAAAGAAUGACCGUGGUAAAAAGUUGUCUCACAAAGCUGAGGAGCAGACCCACUCAGAAAGACAUGGUAGUAGCAGUUAUGAGUACUACGACGAGCCUGAGGGCAAUCAUGAUACUAAAAGAGAGAAUCACGAUUCAGGCAAAAAGGAAGAACAUCUUGGAGAGGGAGAGAGAAGAAGUGGAGGAGAUAGAGAGAAAAGAAGUGGAGGAAAGAGAGAAAAAAGAAGUGGUGGAGAGAGAGAAAGAAGAAGUGGCGAAGGAAGUGGCAAAAAGGAAGAACAUCUUGGAGAGGGAGAAAGAAGAAGUGGAGGAGAGAGAAAAAGAAAAAGUGGAGGAGAGAGAGAAAAAAGAGGUGUUGGAGAGAGACGUGAUGAAAUUGUGGAGCCUGAUAGAAACAGCAACAAGCUUGAUAAGUGGCCGAUUGCAGAAAUUGGAAUACCAGUGAAUAUUCAGUGUCCCAACUGCAAUAAGGUUUUCAAAUAUCCUUUGCAAUUUGUUCUCUUACCGGCUUCAGGCGAGACCUCUUACACUGGUACUUUGAAGGGAGGCAUGGCGAAAAUUGGAAGUACUAUAAAGGAUGGUAUCAGAGGUCUGAAACGAGGACCUUCAGAUCCAAAGAAGGAUAACAAAAAGGGUCCUCUACCUGAACAAUCACCCGCAAACAACCUCAAGUCUGCAAAAGAUCUCAAAGAACCAACCACAGGAAAGAUGAAUGCAGUACUUGGGAACUUGGCAGCUAGAUCCAAAACACUUGUGAGCAAAGUUCAGACAGGAGCAGCUGGAUCCAGAACACUUGUGAGCAAAGUUCAGACAGGAGCAGCUGGUUUGGAAGGAACUCUGAAGAAGAAUCUGCCUAAGACUCCAAGUCAAAAAAAUAUCCAAAAAAAUGAUGGAGUGGAAAAUAAAGGCGACUCCCCAACGGAGAAAAAGAAUGCAGAUAAAGAUGAAAAAACCGGUGAAUUGAAGAAAGGGAAGAAUGCAAAGAAGAAAGAUGAUAAGCGUGGAGUGAAAGCUGAGAAGUCUUCAGAGCCGGAAAACGCAGUUGGCAAAAAGCCAGAAAGCCGAAAGUCAGGGAAGACUGAAAAAACCAAGAGGUCUGAGUCCGAAGAGUGAAGAGGUCGAUCCAAUAAAGAUGGUGGAGGACCAAAAGUUUAUCGUGCUGGAGGUAUAUAGAGUAUUACUUAAUAAUAAAAUAAUGUAGCCUAUAUCUAUGGAUUUCCAAUAACUAUACACUAUAUACUCCAUUUUAUAGAAUACCGGUAUAGACAAUUUUAGAUUAAUAAAUAGUUUUUUAUUAUAGUAAAUUUUGGGUUAUUUGAAUUAAUAAUGGAGAUACAUUGUUCUACAAUAUCUAAAAAUAAUAUCUUCUUGAAACUUGAAGAUGGUGUAGAUCACUGAAUCUAGUUGUUAUAUUAUUAGUCAGUAGAAUCAGUAGUUUGUAUUAUUAAUCUAUUAAUUUCAGAAAAAGGGUACUAUAUUCUAUUUCAUAAAUAAACUAAAAGCAAUAUCUAAUAUAUUAUUUAUAAUAGUAAUGGUAUAUUAAAUUAUUUUUCCUCCACCUACUGUCUAAAGCUGCGUUUACACCAAAGUUUUUAACAAAAUGUUAAUAACUUAAUCCUUAUAGAUUCUAUUAGAUUGAACGGAACUUGACAAACACAUAUGUUCAUCAUGUGUAUGAUAAGUUAUGUUCAAUCUAAUAGAAUCUAUAAGGAUUAAGUUAUUAACAUUUUGUUAAUAACUUUGGUGUAGACGCAGCUUAAAGAGCCUACUCUACUCCCUGAAACAUAAUAACUACUAAAGUGUCACUUUUCGCUCUCGGGAGGAAAAAACAGAAAAACUCCCUAGAGCGUAAAAGUAACUCCAUUAUAACAUGGGAAGCAUCUCUAUUUUAAAAACUUACAUUUGAAACUUAGACCAGUUAUAGCUGGCCUAAAAUUUGAAAUAGGUUAGAAGAUCUAUGCUCAGAUGAGGAAGCAUUUAUAGAGUAGUCAUUAAACCAACUAAAUUCAAUACAUGAACCAGACAUUUGAUCAAUAUAUGAAAUAUGUGUUUCAUGCUGAAAUUAUUACAAACUUCAUAUCAGUAUUCUAUAAAAAUGUAUGAAUAUUUUUUUAUAUUCAAUGUUUUUCAAAAUACCAACCAACGAAUAUACCGCAUUAACUAAUCAAAUUUGAAAUGGGAAAUUCAUCAUAGUGUUGUAGUCGAGUUGGCGGCCAUUGUUGUUACAACUUUUGCUGUAAGCCUUUUUUCUUAGACAAUGGUAUAUUGCCAUUUCCAUGUAUUUACAUUAUGAAUUGUUUAAUAUUUGUAAAGCAAAAUUCUAAUCUUUUCAAUUAGAGGGGAAGCAUUCAUGAGCAUAACACUCGGUCAGGAUUGAUCUGGGGCGUGCUAGGCUUGCCAAAACACAAAAAAUGUACUGCUAUAAAGGAGUGAGAAUUUUCAACAGGUUAUCACUGGAAGUACGGAUUUAUUAUCUUGAUAGUUUUAAGAGAGCAAUAAAAGGAUGGUUGAAGCAUAUAGAGCAUUUUAUUCAAUUGAGGAAUUGCUGGUCUGUAAUUGUUAUCCAUAGAUAAAAUAUUUGAGUAGCCUAUUUGUAUUUUAAUUUGUAAUAUUAUAAUAUAUAUAACGUGUACUUGUAUACAAAGUAUCAAUGUUACUGUAUCCUUAUGAAGUGACUUUUGUCAAUGCAAUUAUUUUGUUUGUGACAAUAAAACAUUCUUGAUUCUUGAGAUAGCACAUAGCGCUGUCGGUGGUGAACUGUGUGAUUACAAGCCACCUGUUUAAUUUCUAAGUUAACGUUGUAACACAUUUUACUGGUUAUGUAAGUUAUUAAAAAUUAUUUUAUUUACAGUUUUUAUAAAAAUGUAGGUGGAGGGUAAAUUUUGUGUGAAUAUUAGUGAAAAAUGUUUUUUCUCCCUCAGGAAAAAUGUUGCCCUCGGCUUCAAACUUUUCCCUCAGGGAGAAUAAGCAGUACUUUUCACUCUAGAUAUACAAAUAACUAUUGCAUAAUAUACUCGACUAGUAUUAUUAUUAUCAUCAUAUUAUUUUGAGUAGUCACCAUUCGAGUAUGUUUCAAUGAAAAUAAUCAUUAGAGGAGGAAGAUUUCAAGCUUCAAAUAUAUUUUUCAUUAAUGUUUGAUAGUUUUAUUUUAUUAAGAAAUGCUGUUUAUUAUCUAGCUUCAUUUUUGUUUAGUUUGUCAUGUCUUAUACCAAGUAUCAAGUGUCACUCCUUUUAUAGGAUUCUGUAUAGGGGAACAGAAGUUGGCUGAAGCAAGCUCUAUAAAUACAGGUCAUACAUUCAAUAUUUUUUUCGAGAAACGUUGUUGGCUAUCUGUGUGAAAAAUUUUCGAUUUCCAUAUUAAUCAAACUGAAUUAUCAUGUGAAUUUCAAUUCUUGCAAUAAAGAACAUGUUCAUGAAGCA